UCACUCUACAAUUUUCCCGGCGCACGUUCCGCUAAUGUCAACACGGAGGAAAGUUCCAGGCUUUUGAAGGGCGCAAGCAGGGCACAAGGGCUGCGUAAUUUUGCAAAUUGCAAUUAAAUUUUGCUUGGAGAAUGACUGAAGAGGCCACAGCUCCCGUCGUGACUGCUCCGGCGGUCCGCAUCGAUUGGUAUCAGACUGAAACACACGUCACCGUCGAGGCGAUGGCCAAGAAAGUGGAUCCGGAAAAAUCAGUCAUUCAAAUUUCUUCACAAACAGUGACUAUUGAUGCCAAGCUGUCAAAUGGAGAUGAGUACAAGAAAGACAUUCACCUUUCCUUUGAAAUUAUCCCUGACCAGAGCUCCUACAAAAUUAUGUCUACUAAGAUUGAGCUCAAAUUGAAGAAAAGAGAUGGUAUUCGCUGGGAAAAAUUGGAAGGAGACGAGACUUCUAGACCAAUGCCAGCACAUCCGGAGGCCAGUGGGGGCUCCAGUGGGCCUCCGAAGUACCCUAGCUCCUCAAAGGCAGCCAAAGACUGGGACAAAAUUACAAUUGAGGAUGAAAAGGAGGAUGGCAUUGACCAACUUUUCCAGAAAAUCUAUGCCGAAGGUUCAGACGAGAUCAGGAAAGCCAUGAACAAAUCAUUUACUGAAUCAAAUGGCACUGUACUAAGCACAAACUGGAAGGAAAUUGCUGGUGGAAAAGUGGAAAUGAAAGCUCCUGAUGGACAAGAGUUCAAAAAAUGGGAAUAGUGUCAACCAUUCCUAAAAUACUUUUUCAUUGAUUGAUUAUUCAAUUCUGUUCAACGGAUUUCACCACUUGAUAUUGUAAUGAUCCCCCAUCCUAUCAUCAGUAUUUGGAAGUGCUCACCUGGAGAAGACAAGCAUAAUAUAAAUGUCAGAACGCGCGCAUUCAGGAAAUCAAAAUUAUUAUAUAUUUUUUUUUUUGACAAUUCUUCAUCACUUGCUAUAGUUUUUAGAAUUUCGAUGAUUUCAAAAAUAAAAUAAAAUUUAAGUAACGACAAAAAAGAAUC